CAAAUUAAGGCUAGUUUGGUCCUCAAUGGUCACCUAACAAUAAAAUGGGAUUUUGUGUCUGAUGAUAAAUAUGUUCUCUAAAAGCUGUAUUAAGAUGAUAUGGUAGUGAUUUUAAAAUAACAGUUUUUUCAAGUAGUCUAUAUGGAAAAGGGCGUGGUUGAAUUAAUUAUUCUUCAACAUCCUUGAGUUUAAAUUGUGCAAUUCAAUAUUGUAUAUUUUGUGACAUUGGGGUGACAGCAUAAUGAGCAUAUGCUCAUUCAUUAAAUACUAGAAUUUUAUAACACCAUUGUGCAACAUUGAAUAUGUGAUAAUGGUUACCUGAAAAAUACCAAGAAAUCCUUGACGUCCUUUGGAAAUGCCACCCAGAAGUUCACUAUACAUCUCGUUUGCAAUUUCUGCAAUUCAGGUCAAUAAAGACACGUCAAAACAGAGAUUGUGUGUAAAAUGAUACCCUUCAGUGUGUGAUGGUUAAAGUUCAACUGAUUCUUAUAACCCACAAUCCCCGUAGUUUGUAUUGAAAAAAAUACGUGGAAUUCUCGUGAUAUUCAAAGGUGAACGUCUAAUAUAUAAACAAGUUUCCAAGAACCAGCUUCCGAGUUCCGACUGUUAUACUGGAAGUUGCUUGAUAACUUAAGUGGUGAAAAUAUUUGCAUAAGACAAAAUAUGGGCGCUCAAUGAUAUGCUUUAAAUUAAAGUUGUAAAUUGUGUACAAAUAUCGCAAGAACGGAAUGCCUAUAUUGCUUAAAUUUGUGUUAAUCGGCGACAGUAAUGUUGGAAAGACGGCAGUGAUGAGAAGACUUUUAGGGGAACGAUUUGACCCUGCAUUUAUAAUGACAACUAAUGGAGAAGCACGCAAGAGGAAGACUUUGCUUGUUGAUAACCAGAGAGUUGACCUAGAGUUAUGGGAUGCUCCUGGACAUGAAAGAUUUCGUACUGAUGCAGCUCUGUAUAUAAGAGACGCUAGGGCUGUUUUGGUGUUUUUUGAUGUUACAAACGAAGCAAGUUUUCAGAACAUAGAUAAUUGGUUGAAAUUUAUACCCCAGACAGAUAGCCCUGCACAAAAGCCUUUAACUUUUAUAAUUGGCAAUAAAACAGAUAAAGAACCUCGUCGUGUUGAACCAGACGAAGCUCAACAUGUAGCUGAUAAAAACAAUUCCCCUUAUUAUGAAACAAGUGCAAGAGUAAAUGAUAAUGAACAUUUUAACAGGAUGUUUGAACAAAUUGUAGAAGAAGUUUUAAGGCAAGCACCAGAAUUGACUGAUUCGGGACCACAGAAUCCAAGAAAUCCCGGAGAACCGUGGUAUAAAAAGUGUGUUUUAUUGUAACAUAGCUAUCUCGCAGUGACGCAGUUUACCAAAGUGGAAUGAACUAUUCCGAGCAUAAUAGACGGAAUCAAAUGUUUUUAAAGAAAUUGAACGAAACGACAGGGUAUUUUAAUUAUGUGACACUAAUAUAUUAAUCCGAAUGUCAUUAAAGAGAGAAUGUUGUGAAUUUUGUACACUCGCGUAUGCAUGUAGUUGAUUUCCGACAGAUAUAUAAU